GCCCGCGGCGGAGGAGUGCAGCUGGGCCGGCCUCUUCUCCUUCCAGGACCUGCGGGCCGUGCACCAGCAGCUGUGCUCCGUGAACUCGGAGCUGGAGCCCUACCUGCCCGCCUUCCCCGAGGAGCCCUCGGGGAUGUGGACCGUGCUCUUCGGGGCGCCGGAGCUCUCUGAGCAGGAGAUGGACGCGCUCUGCUGCAAGCUGCAGGUUUACCUGGUGCACAGCUUGGAUACGUGCGGUUGGAAGAUCCUCUCGCAGGUGCUCUUCACCGAGACCGACGACCCCGAGGAGUAUUACGAGAGCCUGAGCGAGCUGCGGCAGAAGGGCUACGAGGAGGUGCUGCAGCGGGCCCGCCGGCGGAUCCAGGAGCUUCUGGAGAAACAUAAGAACACAGAAAGCAUGGUAGAGCUGCUUGAAUUGUAUCAGAUGGAAGAUGAAGCCUACAGUAGUCUGGCAGAAGCUACCACAGAACUGUAUCAGUACUUACUGCAGCCCUUUCGAGAUAUGAGGGAACUUGCAAUGCUUCGAAGACAGCAGAUAAAGAUUUCAAUCGAGAAUGACUACCUAGGGCCCAGAAGAAUUGAGAGUCUACAAAAAGAGGAUGCCGAUUGGCAGAAAAAAGCCCAUGUGGCUGUGCUUUCUAUUCAAGAUCUUACAGUUAAAUACUUUGAAAUAACAGCUAAAGCACAAAAAGCUGUGUAUGAUCGGAUGCGAGCAGACCAGAAAAAAUUUGGUAAGGCAGCAUGGGCAGCAGCAGUGGAACGUAUGGAGAAGCUGCAGUAUGCUGUUUCUAAGGAGACCUUGCAGCUGAUGCGUGCCAAAGAAAUCUGUUUGGAGCAGAAGAAACAUGCACUGAAAGAGGAGAUGCAAAGUCUGAAAGGUGGCACAGAAGCCAUAGCCCAUUUGGACCAGUUAGAAGCUGAUUAUUAUGAUCUACAGCUUCAGUUAUAUGAAGUGCAGUUUGAGAUCUUGAAAUGUGAAGAGCUGCUGCUGACAGCACAACUUGAAAGCAUCAAAAGACUGAUGUCAGAGAAGAAAGAUGAAGUGGUGUAUUAUGACACUUUCGAAAGUAUGGAAGCCAUGCUUGAAAAAGAGGAUAUGGCAACAUCUGUGCAUCUGCAGAAAGAGGAGUUGCAGAAAUUGCAACAAAAAAUCCGCCAGCUGGAAGCAAGGCGUGGACGGAUUUCAGCCAAGAAAGCCUACCUCAGAAAUAAAAAGGAGAUCUGUAUCGCAAAGCAUAAUGAAAAGGUCCAGCAGCGUCACCAGGGCGAGGAGCAGUAUAGAUUGCACCAUGCUGUGCACCUGAAGAGAGAUCAACUACAAGAUGAAGAGGAAAGAAAGAGUUCCUGGGUUAGCCAAGAGCGACAGAAAACACUGGACAGACUUCGCACAUUCAAACAGCGGUACCCUGGGCAAGUAAUACUUAAAUCAACCAGACUACGCCUGGCUCAUGCAAGAAGAAAAUGUGCAGGCAGCUCGAUACCCACUAUAGAUCAGCCUCAGUCUUUGCCAGCGACCGUCCAAACCCAAAAGAAGAACGAGGAGGUGGAAUUGGAAAACACAGUCCAGCCUUUGCAAGCGCAGGAGCCCCGAAGCUUGGAACAACUUGCAGGUGUUUUGUUACCUCCCCAUGGCAUUACCUCCGAACUGCCCCAUGCUGGGACUCCUCCUCACGCCGGCAGUGAGCUCCAAGCAGAGACUGUGACUGUAGUACCCCUUCCUCCUCCUCUGCCUCCGCCACCUCCACCGCCACUCCCACCGCUGCCUUCCAAGGAAGAUGGCAGUAAAUCCCCGGAGAAGGCGGAGAGCCUUGGGAAGCCGCGGAGCGAGGAGAAGGGCGUGCAGCACACUCCCGGCGGCCCCGCCGCCCACCUGCUUGACAGCAGCCAGCUGGUCAGUGCCAAGAAAAAGCUCAAGAAGACGGGUGAUCUGGAGGGUUUGCAGAGGAGGAGAGUGAGUUCCCCGAUGGAUGAAGUAUUGGCUUCCUUGAAGCGUGGUAGCUUUCACUUGAGAAAAGUUGAACAGAGAAGUCUCCCUCCUUUUCCUGAUGAAGACGAUAGCAAUAACAUCUUGGCACAGAUCAGGAAAGGCGUGAAACUGAAGAAAGUGCAGAAAGAUGUUUUGAGAGAAUCUUUUACAAUUCUCUUAAUCUGCUCCUGCGAAAAGCUCUAUUUAGUAAAUUGA